CCGCCAGCCGGGGCUGUCCCCCGGCCGCCUGGCUUCAGCUCAGUGAAGCCUCCAGCUCUCCUUCUGCGUUGCUCGCUGUAAAUGAACUCCAGAAAGGUGGUGCUGGGCGCCUCGCCCACAGAGCGCCGGCUGCUGCACCCCACCUCGCGAGACCCCACGACCCCGGGUCAUGCCCAGGUGCUGGGCUUCGAGAUCGACGCUGUGAACUCCGUCCAGUUUUCCAACCACACAGGCUACGCCCACUGGAAGGGCCAGGUGCUGAGCUCCAGCGAGCUGCACGAGCUGUACGAAGGCCUGAAGCUGAACAGCGUGAACAAGUAUGACUACGUGCUCACGGGCUACACGAGGGACAAGUCCUUCCUGGCCAUGGUGGUGGACAUCGUGCGGGAGCUGAAGCAGCAGAACCCCAGGCUGGUGUACGUGUGCGACCCCGUGAUGGGGGACAAGUGGAACGGGGAGGGCUCCAUGUACGUCCCCGAGGACCUCCUGCCGGUGUACCGGGAGAAGGUGGUGCCGGUGGCCGACAUCAUCACCCCCAACCAGUUCGAGGCUGAGUUACUGAGUGGCCGGAAGAUCCACAGCCAGGAGGAAGCCUUGGAGGUGAUGGACGUGCUGCAUGCCAUGGGCCCCGACACGGUGGUCAUCACCAGCUCGGAACUGCCCUCCCCACGGGGCAGCGACUACCUGAUUGCGCUGGGCAGCCAGAGGACCCGGACCCCCGAGGGCUCCGUGGUGACCGAGCGCAUCCGCAUGGACAUGCUCAAGGUGGACGCCGUCUUCGUGGGCACCGGGGACCUCUUCGCUGCCAUGCUCCUGGCGUGGACGCACAAGCACCCCAACAAUCUCAAGGUGGCCUGUGAGAAGACCCUGUCGGCCAUGCACCACGUCCUGCAGCGGACCAUCCGGUGCGCAAAAGCCCAGGCGGGGGCGGGGCAGAGGCCCAGCCCGGCGCAGCUGGAGCUGAGGAUGGUCCAGAGCAAGGAGGACAUCGAGAGGCCCGAGAUUGUCGUCCAGGCCACCGUGCUCUGAGGCCGGCGCCCGCCCCGCACGGACCCCCGCACAGCGCCUCGCCGCCCCCGUGUUCGUCCCCGUGAAACGUGACGUCUGCCCAGAGCCGCGGCCGACCGUGAUCUUCCCUCCCUCGCCGAGCGUCCGGCGCCAACCGUUCUUAGUUGUGGAAAUGUGCGGUCCUGCUUUUCAAAGAGUAACAAAGCAGCCUCAGAAACACGUGACCUGGAGACCCCCUGCCUCCCCCGGCCCGGGCACCUGCAAGCCAGCUGGGCUGCGGGGGCCAGAGGCGUGGGGCUCCUUGGCGGGCACAGGGUGCCAGUGUGUCUGAGCCUCCGUGGUUCCUCUGCCCCUGGAGCUGUACCCAGUCCCCCGUCUGCCCCGCCUGUCCUGGUCCGAGCGGUGUCUGUCCUGCGCUCCGUGUGUCUGUCCUACGCCCGGAGGGUCCCGAUGUCAGGGGUCAGCAGGUGGACAGGGUGGUGAUGGCAGCAUCUCAGACACGGGCCUGCAGCACCUCGCAGCUCCUUGUAACGCACCAUGUCGGGCCCUGCUGAGCCAGGGACGGAGACACAGUGGCUACGAGCGUGGCAGGGGCGGGGCCAGUGGGGGCCUGGGGAGAUGGCCACCUGGGGUUCUUCAGGCGGCGCCGUGGGAAGUGCUGCCAGCCAGCCCUACCUCAGGCCCCUCGCUUGUCAGGCCAUGUUUGUGUGGGUGGGUACUGAGGCAGGGCGGGCCCCUGCCCCACUGCUGGCACAUUCAGCCCACUGGCCCACCACCCCCCAAGUCCAUUCUGUGCCAACCAGGGGCCAGGAGGCAAGAGCCUGCUGGGGGCAGCUGCAGCUCCCUGCCCUCCCCAAGUGGGGCAUGCUGGGGUGGCGUGGCAGGGCCCGGCAGGCUCUGACAUGGGUCCGUCUACCCUGCAGGGUGGCCUCCCUGGGGCCGCCAAGGCCACAAUGUGGGCCCCGGGACAUGGCUGCAGGUGGCACUGCCGUCCACCCUGAAGAUUGGCCCACCUUGACCUCUGCGCCGCCCCUAGCUCCUGAGCGCGGAUGGUGCCAGUGUGGGGAGCCCAGCGGGAGAGGGUACCGGCAGCACGAGCAGGGGGAGCCCCUGGGCCGCACCCCGUCCCGUGCAAGCCCUGGAGCUGCGCCCUGUCUCCAUGCUCUUCAGCGUCUUCCAGCAGCACUGGGGCCUGUCGGUGCGGCCCCCACAGGAGGCACUGCCCUGCCUCCAGCUCCACUGGGCUCCGAGUAGAGGUGCACUCUCGAUGACCAGGCGCGGGGCCAGGGCAUCUGUGUUUACCGAGGGGCCCUGACCCAGGAGGAGAAGCUGGGGCGAGCGAGCCCUGGGCCCCGCCAGGACGGAGCUGCUUGCCCUGUGGUGAGCGGCAGCCGAUGGAGGCCAGGAAGGCCCGAACGUGCCUCGUCUGUGAUGGAGGAGCCCAGAGGCCUGGCCGGCAGGAGAUGAGCUGGGCCACUGCCCAGGCCUGUGCCCCCGCUGCACUCGGGCCCAGCCAGCAAGGGCGGUGGCUCUUCCUGCGAGAGCGCCUUCCUCCUGCAGAGCUGCUGAGAGCCCCGGCUGCCAGCUGUCGUCCUCCGGGCGGGGGGGCGUCGGGGUCCUGGGGCCCUCGUGGGGUGCAGAGGCGCAGCUGCUUUCCCGUCAGUGCAGUGUCUGUCAUGCCCCGGGGCCUGGGCUGUCUGUCUAGAACUUUCCAGAGUUCAUGGUCACUGCAGUGAUUUUGGUACAUCGGGUCCAAUUUUGAAUUAAUCUUUGUUUUCCGUCCCGUGGCUCGUUAGCGUGCACGGCGUUGACGUGAGGUGAGCGCGUCGCGGCCGGGGCCCCUGCUUACUGUCAGCGUGCAGAGUUUUAAUACUUUCUUAAUUCACUUUUUCAAGCCUUCUGUAGCUCUUGAAGGUGGAUCCCAAAGCGUGAUCCUUUUUAAAAUCAGUUUUAAAUGACCGCCUCGUCCUGCAAGGUAGUCGUGCUCGUCUGUCCUCUCUGCAAUACAUGUCGGUGGUGGAGAACGACCUUUGUCUCCGAGCGUCAGUCCUGGGGGGAGGGCCGCUGCGCUGCCACGCCGUGCCCCUCGCGGAAAGCCCCCCGCAGCUUCACCGAUGAGGAAAGGAUCUGGAGCUGCUGGCCCCGGAGGGACGCUGCAAGCAGCGCGGAG